AUGGCAUCUCAUAAAAACCCUGAAAAACUAAUAGAAAUUGAACUAAGUCCAGCAUUAAGUCUUAAGCAAUCUGCAAUGUGUUUGUGUGACCAUGAGUUCAACCCCAAAGCUAUGGGAAGGCUGGAUAUUACCGAAAGAGGUUUCGAGAUUACAGUCCGAAAUACGGACUCUAAAGCUGCCAUGGUUCUGUUCUUCAAGUCUACGGAGAUGAUGAAAUAUCACUGCAAGAAACCCAUUUUUGGGAAGUUGAUUAAUGUGUCACAAAUGUACCCGAUUGCUGCUAAAGAUGAUGAUAUACUUAACAUAUAUCAUCUUGAUGGGUUGAAUCAACUCACAUUCUCACUCGGGAGGGAUCCAAAUCAAAAAUAUUAUGUAGAAUUGUUGAGCAUGGAUGAUAAAAUUCUGAACAUUCCUGACAUCAAAUUCCACUGUGAGGUGGUUCUCCCACAUGAAACCUUUAAGAAAAAAUUAAAACAGCUUGAAGAUGUUGGGGUUGUUGCCUUUAGUAUUGGAGAAAGAUGUUUGCAGAUUGUCGGAAAGAAGGGAAUGACUGCAGGGCAAAGGCAUCUAGCAUCAUUCAUCAUGCCUCAUCUGGGAGCACUACAGAAAGCCACUCGGGAUUUGCUGUUCAUAUGCAAGACAGAUCAGGACUUCGAAGGGGAGAAAGAAGAGUUAAUUUGUGGCUCGGAUUCUGGAGGAAAUGCGUUGGAAGAAUUAGAGCAUAUAGGCACUACUGCUGGUGGCAGACUUGGAGGAUAUAGUGCUUUGUCUUAUACUGUUUUGGAGGUUCUCCCAUACAACAUCGACAAUGCAGUAAUUACUGAAUUUGAAUGUACUACAAAAGACACCUCUUAUUGUGCAGAAGUGACAGACAGUGAGCUCAGAAAGAGGAACAGAAAUAUAAUGAAGGCGAUCUUCAAAACAUGUCUAAAGGAGGCCUUUCCGUCAAUGAAACACAUGACCCUGAUGGUCGUUUUCAUGGAUCCACAAAGAGAGGUUGCUAUCGAAAUUUGUUGUGCAAAUGCUGAAGCUGCUAGGCUGGCACGCCAUGGUAUGGAUCAAAUAACAGUUUCUAGGUGGCUAUUCAACAAAGUUGGUCUUUCUUUUAUUGGGAAACACUGGCUACAUGCGAAGUUUUUGUUGAAGAGAGGAAACUGUCCAGUGGAUGUCAGUGACAAGUUCCUGAUGGCAGACCCAAUAGGUUUGCUAUGGAAUGAAACUGAUUUGUUAAAUGAAGGUAUGAGGGGCACGGAGGUGUUCGUUAGUCUUGUAGGCUAUUUGGGGGACGUUGAUGGUCUAAAUUCUGUUGAAUCUGUUCAGAAUUUUCUUACCAAUUUGGACUGGAAAUCUAUAAAUAAUUUCAGCAUUCUGGCUGCAGCUGGAAAGAUUGUGGUGCCGGGGCUCGGAGACUUUGCUGAGGGGCUGGGAAACAAUAAGGAGAUGAAGCAAGAUUUAGCUGUGUGAGCUGUCUCUUCUUGGUGCAGAUUGACUAUAGUGAACUUCCUAGAAUGUGGAAGUAACUUUUUCAUAUAAUAAACAAACCAAGCUGGUAGCCUUGACAGAUACUGUGAAAUGCUUGCUUUAUUUGUGACUACAGUAUAGUUACAACUUGUGAGGCAUAUGUAAUUUCUGUUUAGUGUAUGUUAAGCUGUCCUAGCGAGGGCAUAGCAACAUCUAUCAGUAGUUAGGUUGUUAUUCUCUCAUCUAUCCUGUAUCAAAUUUUGUUACUUUAGAUUUGUGCUGUCC